AUGAACCCAUCUGUUACCAUUAUCCACGUGUCACAAGUCACACCUUCAAAUGCUGACUCGUCCGAGUCACUCAUGACUCUCCCACUCACCUUCUUCGACCUUCUCUGGUUCAAACUCCACCCCGUCGAACGAGUCUUCUUCUACCGACUCACCAACGCAACUCGCUCUUUCUUCGACUCAGUCAUCGUCCCCAAACUCAAAUCCUCUCUUUCCUCAGCCCUCUCUCACUACCUCCCACUCGCCGGCCAACUCGUCUGGAACUCAGUCGAUCAUAAGCCGAGCAUCGUCUGUUCCACAAACGACGCCGUUUCAUUCACCGUCGCCGAGUCAACCGCAGAUUUCUCCCAGUUAACCGGAAACGAACCAUUCUCCGCCACCCAGCUGUACCAAUUAGCGCCCCAGUUACGUGUCACCGAAGACUCAGCCGCCGUCGUGUCGUUUCAAGUCACGCUGUUCCCAAACCAAGGGUUUUGCAUCGGCGUAACCGCAAACCAUGCCGUUUUAGAUGGAAAAACGACAACCAUGUUUCUCAAAUCAUGGGCCCACACAUGUAAACAACCAAACAAUUCUCUACCGGAGGAUCUAAUCCCGUUUUACGAUCGUACGGUCAUAAAAGGUCCACCGGAGAUUGAUACGUUUCUCCUGAACAUGUGGCACUCAGCCGCUAAAAUGUUCGCCGGCGGUAAGGAACCAGAAAACCCUAAAAGUUUGAAGCAUUUAAUAACGCCGGAGAUCGAUCCCGACUUCUUCCGGUUCACAUUCGAGCUCAGUCGAGGGAAUAUCCAAAAGCUUCGCGAGAGACUCAAAAGAGACCAGCCAUCCGAUUCCAAGCAGCUUCGCUUGUCGACGUUCGUGAUAACGUUCUCUUACGCUUUCACGUGCUUAAUCAGAUCAAGAGGCGGUGACCCGAAUCGACCCGUCGGGUAUGGAUUCGCGGCGGAUUGCCGAAGCCUCCUCGUCGAUCCGCCGGUUCCGUCGAGUUACUUCGGAAACUGUGUCUCGUCUAUCUUUAGCAAGCCGUUGACGGCGGCGACUUUUAUGGCUGAAGAUGGGUUUUUGGCUGCUGCGAGAUUUAUUAGCGAUUCGGUUGAGGAGUUGGAUGGGAAUGUGGCUUGGAAGGUUAUGAAAAAGUACUCUGGUGCUCCAUUCGGGUCACAGGUUUUGCAUGUUGCCGGGUCGACCCGAUUCGGAGUAUACGGGUUGGAUUUCGGGUGGGGCAGGCCGGGGAAAGUGGAGGUCGUGUCCAUCGAUCAAGACACGAUAUCCAUGGCCGAGAGUAGAGACGGAAGCGGAGGUGUGGAGAUUGGCUUCUCUCUCAAGAAACACGAAAUGCACGUUUUGAUUGAUUUGCUCACCGACGAAUUGAAAAAUUAA